AUUGUGGGCGUCGAAGGCGGUGGCCGGGCGGCCUCGCCCGGGGCGGCCUCCUCCCGCUCCCCGCCCUCUCCCCGCCCCCUUCCUCCCCGCUCCCCUGGGUGCCGCCCCACCUCCACUAUGCCUCGACUCCCUGAAUGGUCCUGCCGGUUUUGCUGUUGUCGUACCUGAUUGUUUUAUGGUUAGUUUGGAACACCAUGGCGGAGGCCAAGUCUUUGGGCAAGAGUAAGUCGGAAACUAAGAUCCAGCGCCCAGAGCCCUCGCCAGCCUGCGUCGGCAGAGCGGAUGCCCCCCACCCGGAGGCGGGGCUGCCGGCGGCCCCGGCCGGGCUCAGACUCGACACCCCGGCAGGCCUCGAGGGCCCCGGCGAGGGCAUGAAGCGCCUGACGACGCGGCCGCCGCCACACGCCAAGCCGUGCCCGCCGGCCUCCCUGGAAGGCCAGGCCAACGGUCCGGAAGGGCCGGCCACGUCCGAGGCUCCCCCGUCCCCGCCAGGCACCCAGGGGAAGCGGCUGCGCGGCCCUUCCAGGGAUGACCAGAGGCAGGCGCAGAUCCGGAAGCAGCUCAUGACCAACUUCAUCCUGGGCUCCUUCGACGACAACUCCUCGGACGACGACGACGACGACGAUGACGACGGCCCCGACGCCUCCCCCUCCCGGAAGAGCAGCCGCUCGAGCUUUGGCUCCUUGUCCUUCGACUCAGCCUCCCUGCGCUCCGCCACCGAGUCCGAGCUGUCCGGCCCCGUCAUGAGACCUAGCAUGUCAGGACUGCAUCUGGUGAAAAGAGGACGAGAACAGAAGAAGUUGGAUCUUCAUCGGGACUUCACCGUCGCCUCUCCGGCUGAGUUUGUAACUCGCUUUGGAGGGAAUCACGUUAUUGAAAAGGUUCUCAUCGCCAAUAAUGGCAUCGCUGCCGUCAAGUGUAUGCGCUCGAUUCGAAGGUGGGCCUACGAGAUGUUUCGGAAUGAGAGGGCCAUCCGCUUUGUGGUCAUGGUCACGCCGGAGGACCUCAAAGCCAACGCAGAGUACAUCAAGAUGGCAGACCACUAUGUCCCUGUGCCCGGGGGGCCGAACAAUAACAAUUACGCCAAUGUGGAACUCAUAGUGGAUAUCUCCAAGAGGCUCCCAGUGCAGGCUGUGUGGGCUGGCUGGGGCCACGCCUCAGAGAACCCCAAACUGCCCGAGCUGCUCCAGAAACAUGGCAUUGCCUUCCUAGGCCCUCCCAGCGAUGCCAUGUGGGCCCUGGGAGACAAGGUUGCUUCGACCAUCGUGGCCCAGACCCUGCAGAUCCCGACGCUGCCAUGGAGCGGAAGUGGUCUCAUGGUGGAGUGGCAGGACGAGGAUCUCCAGCAGAUGAAGAGAAUCAGCGUCCCUCCCGACACGUACUCCAAGGGCUGCGUGAAGGACGUGGAGGAAGGUCUGCAGGCUGCUGAAAGGAUUGGCUUCCCCGUGAUGAUCAAAGCUUCCGAAGGCGGCGGAGGGAAAGGGAUCCGGAAAGCGGAGAGCGCCGAGGACUUCCCGAACCUCUUCAGACAGGUGCAGAGCGAGAUCCCGGGCUCCCCGAUUUUCGUCAUGAAGCUGGCGCAGCACGCCCGGCACCUGGAGGUGCAGAUCCUGGCUGAUCAGUACGGGAACGCCGUGUCUCUGUUCGGGAGAGACUGCUCCAUCCAGCGGAGGCACCAGAAGAUCAUCGAGGAGGCGCCCGCCACCAUCGCCAUGCCCUUGGUGUUUGAGUACAUGGAGCAGUGUGCCGUGCGCUUGGCUAAGACCGUGGGUUAUGUGAGUGCAGGGACUGUAGAAUACCUCUACAGCGAAGACGGCUGCUUCCACUUUUUGGAGCUGAACCCCCGCUUGCAGGUGGAGCAUCCCUGCACCGAGAUGAUCGCCGAUGUCAACUUGCCGGCUGCUCAGUUACAGAUUGCCAUGGGGGUGCCUCUGAACAGGCUGAAGGACAUUCGGGUCCUGUAUGGAGAGUCGCCCUGGGGGGUCACCCCCAUUUCUUUUGAAAACCCCGUCAAUCAACCAAUCCCCAGAGGCCAUGUGAUUGCUGCCCGGAUCACCAGCGAGAACCCAGAUGAGGGUUUUAAGCCCAGCUCUGGGACCGUCCAGGAACUGAAUUUCCGGAGUAGCAAGAACGUUUGGGGCUACUUCAGCGUGGCGGCCGCCGGAGGCUUGCACGAGUUUGCGGAUUCCCAGUUUGGGCACUGCUUCUCCUGGGGAGAGAACCGAGAAGAGGCCGUCUCGAACAUGGUGGUGGCCCUGAAGGAACUGUCGAUCCGGGGAGAUUUCAGGACCACCGUGGAGUACCUCGUGAACCUGCUGGAGACAGAAAGCUUCCAGAGCAACGACAUCGACACGGGCUGGCUGGAUCACCUGAUCGCCGAGAGAGUCCAGGCCGAGAAACCCGACAUCAUGCUUGGGGUGGUCUGUGGAGCCUUGAACGUAGCGGACGCCCUGUUCAGGACCUGUAUGACCGACUUCUUGCACUCCCUGGAAAGGGGCCAGGUUCUCCCAGCAGAUUCUCUCCUGAACAUUGUGGAUGUGGAGCUGAUCUAUGGAGGGGUGAAGUACAUCCUCAAGGUGGCGCGGCAGUCUCUGACCAUGUUUGUUCUCAUCAUGAACAACUGCCACAUCGAGAUCGACGCCCACAGGCUCAACGACGGCGGCUUGCUGCUGUCCUACGACGGGAACAGCUACACCACGUACAUGAAGGAAGAGAUAGACAGUUACCGGAUCACCAUCGGCAACAAGACGUGCGUGUUUGAGAAGGAGAACGACCCCACCAUCCUGAGGUCUCCGUCGGCCGGAAAGCUGGUGCAGUACCUCGUGGAGGACGGGGGCCACCUGGCCGCGGGCAGCACCUACGCCGAGAUGGAGGUAAUGAAGAUGAUCAUGACCUUGAAUGUCCAGGAAGAUGGCCGGGUCCACUACGUGAGGCGGCCGGGAGCCGUCCUCCAAGGGGGCUGUGUGAUAGCCAGGCUGGAGUUGGACGAUCCUUCUAAAGUUCAUGCGGCUGAGCCAUACACAGGGGACCUCCCUUGCCAGCAGACUUUGCCCAUCAUGGGAGAGAAGCUACACCAGGUUUUCCACAACGUCCUGGAAAACUUGACCAAUGUCAUGAAUGGCUACUGUUUGCCAGAGCCAAUUUUCAGCACCAAGCUGAAGGAGUGGGUGAACAAGCUGAUGGUCACUCUGCGGUCCCCUUCCUUGCCCCUUCUGGAACUCCAGGAGAUCAUGACCAGCGUGGCUGGCCGGAUCCCCGCCUCAGUGGAGAAGGCAGUCCGAAAGGUGAUGGCCCAGUACGCGAGCAACAUCACCUCUGUGCUUUGCCAGUUCCCCAGCCAGCAGUGUGACUGUGAAGUAGUGGAGGGACCCCUGGACCAGGCACUGGAAGACCUUGGGUCAAGUCUCUGCUCUGCCACUCUCUUGAUCGCCAACAUCCUGGACAGUCACGCCGCGACCCUUCAGAGGAAGGCGGACCGAGAAGUCUUCUUCAUGAACACUCAGAGCAUCGUACAGCUGGUCCAAAGGUACCGCAGUGGGACCCGUGGCUACAUGAAGACUGUGGUGUUAGAUCUAUUAAGGAAGUACCUGCAGGUGGAGCAUCAUUUCCAACAAGCCCACUACGACAAGUGCGUGAUCAACCUCCGGGAGCAGUUCAAGCCGGACAUGUCCCCCGUGCUGAACUGCAUCUUCUCCCACGCCCAAGUGGCCAAGAAGAACCAGCUGGUGACCAUGCUGAUCGACGAGCUGUGCGGCCCAGACCCCUCCCUGACCGAUGAGCUUCUCUCCAUCCUGGGCGAACUUACCCAGCUGAGCAAAAGCGAGCAUUGUAAAGUGGCCUUACGAGCCCGGCAGGUCCUGAUCGCCUCCCACCUCCCCUCUUAUGAACUCAGACACAACCAGGUAGAGUCCAUUUUCCUGUCUGCCAUCGACAUGUACGGCCACCAGUUCUGCCCAGAAAACCUCAAGAAACUGAUCCUUUCAGAAACCACCAUCUUUGAUGUGCUGCCCACUUUCUUUUACCAUGCCAACCAGGUGGUUUGCAUGGCAUCCCUGGAGGUGUACGUCCGCAGAGGCUACAUUGCCUACGAGCUGAACAGCCUCCAGCACCGGCAGCUCCCCGACGGCACGUGUGUGGUGGAAUUCCAGUUCAUGCUGCCCUCGUCUCAUCCGAACCGAAUGGCUCUUCCGGUCAGCGUCACCAACCCCGACCUACUGCGGCACAGCACGGAGCUGUUCAUGGACAGCGGCUUCUCCCCCCUCUGCCAGAGGAUGGGCGCCAUGGUCGCCUUCCACCGGUUUGAGGAUUUCGUCAGAAACUUUGACGAGGUCAUUUCCUGCUUCGCCAACCUGGCCAAGGAGAGCCCCCUGUUCAGCGAGGCUCGCUCCAUGAUGUACUCCGAGGAAGACUGCAAGUGCAUCAAGGAUGAGCCCAUCCACAUUCUGAACGUCGCCGUCCAGUGUGCCGACCACCUCGAGGAUGACGAGUUGGUGCCCGUUUUCCGGACGUUUGUGCAAUCCAAGAAACACGUCCUCGUGGAAUACGGCCUCCGGAGGAUCACCUUUCUCAUCGCCCAAGAGAGAGAAUUUCCCAAGUUUUUUACGUUCCGAGCCAGAGAUGAGUUUGCUGAAGACCGGAUCUACCGCCAUUUGGAGCCCGCCCUGGCCUUCCAGCUGGAGCUGAACCGCAUGCGCAACUUUGAGCUGAAGGCCGUGCCCUGCGCCAACCACAAGAUGCACCUCUAUCUGGGCGCCGCCCGCGUGAAGGAAGGCACCGAAGUGACCGACCACCGCUUCUUCAUCCGGGCCAUCAUCAGGCACUCGGAUCUCAUCACCAAGGAAGCCUCCUUCGAGUACCUGCAGAAUGAGGGGGAGCGGCUGCUCUUGGAAGCCAUGGACGAGUUGGAGGUGGCGUUCAACAACACCAGCGUCCGCACCGACUGCAACCACAUCUUCCUCAACUUUGUCCCCACCGUCAUUAUGGACCCUUCCAAGAUCGAGGAGUCCGUGCGGUCCAUGGUGAUGAGAUACGGGAGCCGGCUGUGGAAACUGCGAGUCCUGCAGGCUGAGGUCAAAAUUAACAUCCGCAUGACCCCGACCGGCACUGCCAUCCCCAUUCGCCUCUUCCUGACCAACGAGUCGGGCUACUACCUAGAUAUCAGCCUCUACAAGGAAGUAACAGAUCCCAGGAGUGGAAACAUCAUGUUUCAUUCAUUUGGAAACAAACAAGGAGCCCAGCAUGGAAUGCUGAUCAAUACUCCCUAUGUGACCAAAGACCUUCUCCAGGCAAAAAGGUUCCAGGCUCAGUCUCUGGGCACUACCUACAUCUAUGACUUCCCAGAGAUGUUCAAACAGGCUCUCUACAAACUGUGGGGCUCAGAAAAGCACCCCAAGGAUGUCUUGACAUGUACAGAGCUCGUGCUGGACUCUCAGGGGCAGCUGGUAGAGAUGAACAGGCUCCCCGGCGGGAACGAGAUCGGUAUGGUGGCUUUCAAGAUGGUGCUCAAAACUCGAGAGUAUCCCCAGGGCCGGACCAUCAUUGUCAUCGGGAAUGACAUCACUUUCCGGAUCGGCUCCUUCGGGCAAGAGGAAGACCUGCUCUUCCUGCGUGUGUCCCAGCUGGCCCGAGCAGAGGGCAUCCCCAAGAUCUACCUCUCCGCCAACAGCGGCGCCCGCAUAGGCCUGGCCGAGGAGAUCCGGCACAUGUUCCAAGUGGCGUGGCUUGACCCUGCAGACCCCUGCAAGGGAUUCAAAUAUCUCUACCUGACGCCCCAAGACUACACCAAGAUCAGCUCCCUGAAUUCUGUCCAUUGCACGCACAUCGAGGAAGAAGGCGAGUCCAGGUACGUCAUCACCGACAUCAUCGGGAAGGACGACGGUCUCGGAGUGGAGAACCUGAGGGGCUCCGGCACCAUCGCCGGCGAGUCGUCUCUGGCCUACGAGGAGAUCAUCACCGUCAGCAUGGUGACCUGCCGAGCUAUCGGAAUCGGAGCCUACCUGGUCCGGUUAGGCCAGCGGGUGAUACAGGUCGACAACUCCCACAUCAUCCUGACGGGAGCGGGGGCCCUGAACAAGGUCCUCGGCCGUGAAGUUUAUACCUCAAAUAACCAGUUGGGUGGCGUGCAGAUCAUGCAUUUUAAUGGCAUUUCCCACAUCACCGUUCCAGAUGACUUUGAGGGAGUUUACACCAUCUUGGAGUGGCUGUCCUAUAUGCCCAAGGACAAUUAUAGCCCAGUGCCCAUCAUCACGCCCACCGACCCCAUCGACCGGGAAAUUGAAUUCCUUCCCUCCAAAGCGCCCUAUGAUCCCCGAUGGAUGCUAGCAGGAAGGCCCCAUCCAACUGUGAAGGGCACCUGGCAGAGUGGGUUCUUUGACCAGAACAGCUUCAAGGAGAUCAUGGAACCCUGGGCCCAAACCGUAGUGACUGGCCGAGCAAGGUUGGGAGGAAUUCCUGUUGGGGUGAUAGCGGUGGAGACCAGGACUGUUGAGAUGGUGGUCCCCGCUGAUCCUGCGAACCUGGAUUCUGAAGCCAAGAUAAUCCAGCAGGCAGGACAGGUGUGGUUCCCAGACUCAGCCUUUAAGACUGCGCAGGCCAUCAAGGAUUUCAGCCGGGAAAAAUUGCCCCUGAUGAUCUUUGCCAACUGGAGAGGAUUCUCCGGGGGCAUGAAGGACAUGUACGACCAGGUGCUGAAGUUCGGCGCCUACAUCGUGGAUGGCCUCAGGCAAUACAAGCAGCCUGUCCUCAUCUACAUCCCCCCAUUCGCUGAGCUGCGCGGAGGCUCCUGGGUGGUCAUCGACCCCACCAUCAACCCCCAGUGCAUGGAGAUGUAUGCCGACAAAGAGAGCAGAGGUGGGGUUCUGGAACCCGAAGGAACUGUGGAGAUCAAGUUCCGGAAGAAGGACCUGAUAAAGUCUAUGAGGAGGAUCGACAGCAUUUACAUGAAGCUGCUGGACCAGCUGGGGGUGGAGAACCUGUCGGAAAAGGAACAGAGAGAGCUGGAGAGCCGCCUGCGAGCCCGGGAAGAACACCUGUUACCUGUCUACCACCAGGUGGCAGUGCAGUUUGCGGACCUCCAUGACACGCCCGGGAGGAUGCAGGAGAAGGGCGUCAUUACAGACGUCCUGGAAUGGAAGAACGCGCGCACCUUCCUCUACUGGCGCCUCCGCCGCCUCCUGCUCGAGGAUGUGGUCAAGAACGAGAUCCUGCAGGCCAACAGCGAGCUCAGCCACAUCCACAUCCAGUCGAUGCUGCGCCGCUGGUUCAUGGAGACGGAGGGCACCGUGAAGGGAUACCUGUGGGACAACAACCAGGUGGUGGUGGAGUGGCUGGAGAAGCACCUCCGCCAGGAAGACGGCCUCCACUCGGCCAUUCGGGAGAACAUCAAAUGCCUGAAACGGGACUUUGUCCUCAAGACCAUCCGCAGGCUGGUUCAGGAGAACCCGGAUGUGGCCGUGGACUGUGUGAUCCACAUGACGCAGCACAUCGGCCCCGCGGACAGGGCCCAGAUCGCCCAUCUUCUGGCCACUGUGGAAAGCCCAGCCUCCACUUGACCAGGGGCCACUUGGGGCCAGACACAGUCCCGCCCGGCAGAGGGCGCCCAUCCAGCCGGGGAGCCCCACGAGGGCUUGCUGCGUCCCCCUGGGCAUUUCUGGGGGGCUGGAAGAGCGGGCAGCCCCUCCGGCCUCUAAAUAAAGGGCAUCCGUGUGGCGUUUUCAUGCAGAGAUGGCCGCCUGCCUGGCGCCGGGCAGUGGUGUGUUUGUUUAGGCUGGGGAGGGUGCGGCCACCCGCGGAGGCCCCUCGUGUGUAAGCACCAGGCGGGCUCCCUCCUUGGCCGAGGAAAGGGCCGCAGGAAGAGCCCGGUGUGCCCCGUGUGCCGGGGCUCUGGCCUGCCAGCUGCCUGCUUGCCCCACCCAUCGGGCGCCUUUUCUGUUUUUAUUUUUUGUAAAUGAGGAGAAAAUCAUUUCUUUUAUGCGAACAGCAAAUGACAAAUCACUAGGGACAGUCCCGGGAAUCCUCUUAGCUGUACGCGUGAUUGUGGGGAGAAAAGCAGGCCGUCCUGGCUCUGGGGCUUCUCUGAGAUUCCCCGGGCCGGGCCUUGCCCACCUCGCGCUCUCUGCCUCCUCCCCGAGGGCCUCGCUCCCGGGCCGGGCUGCCCUGAUGCCCAGUGGAUGGGUUGGCAUCACUCCUGUGACCCUCCACACACACUCAGCCGCAGAGGAACCUGCUCCUACUCUGCCGUCCGUGCCGUUAGUGCCUUGUUACCGGUGAGCCACGUGCCCACCGCCCACUGCCCAGCUGGCACGCCCAGGCGGUGUAGAGGAGCUGGGGGCCGCUGGGGGAGGAGGAGGAAGACAGAGCCCGGGCUCUGGGCCUCACGGGGGUCCUGGGGCCUUUUUCUGGGCAGGAGGCCCCUGGAGGGGGGCAGGGGACGAGGAAUGAAGGCUUUUGAUUGUGCCCAGGGGCACCGCCGGCCUCGGCCAGGAGGCUGGCUGCCCUCUGAGGGGCCGUCUAGACUAGAGCUGUCGGGGGCUGCCAAUAAAUCGACCAUGUUUUUCA